UCUUCAGCAUCCCUCUCCUUCCACUACUCUUCCACCUCUUUUCCUUCUUAAAACAACAAAACCAACAUCAAUUCCUUUACUUUGGCGGCUGUUCAUCUUAGAAGACCACUUUCUCUUCCAUCAAUUUAUUCAUCUUUAUCUUCUGGAUCAUCGUCCCCAAAGGAGAUAUUGGUGUUUAAAUACUCAGCUGAUUUUUGGAACGGAAUAUGAAGCUGCAACGAUAGACACUUUAGUAUGAUCAUACGAUGGACAACAUAAGCAGUCCGAGUAUAUAUCCCAUGCAGCACUGCAAAGUUAUUCACCUGGUAAGGCAUGCGCAAGGUGUUCACAAUAUAGAAGGCGAUAAGAAUUACAAGGCGUAUAAGAAGCUUGAAUAUUUUGACGCACCCCUGACUCCAUUAGGUUGGCAGCAGGUUGAUAAUUUACAUAAGCAUGUUCAUGAUUGUGGCUUGAUAAAGAGGGUUGAAUUAGUUGUAACAUCUCCUUUGCUAAGGACUAUGCAGACAGCAGUUGGUGUUUUUGGUGGGGAGGGCUAUACAGAUCGAAUGGACGUGCUGCCUCUGAUGGUGGCAAAUGCUGGAGAUAGUGAUCGUUCAGCCAUUUCAAGUCUAAACUGCCCACCUAUUAUGGCUAUUGAGCUUUGUCGUGAACAUAUGGGGGUUAAUCCUUGCGACCGGAGGAGAAGUAUUAGUGAAUAUCAAUGUCUUUUUCCUGCAAUUAAUUUUACACAGAUAGAAACUGAUGAAGACACAUUGUGGAAGGCUGAUGUCCGAGAAACAAAAGCAGAAGUUGCAGCUAGGGGAGUGAAUUUCAUGAAUUGGUUGAUGACUCGGAAAGAAAAGGAAAUAGCUGUUGUUACCCAUAGCGGUUUUUUGGUUCAUACUCUCACUAAAUUUGGAAAUGAUUGUCUCCCUCUAAUGAAGGAUGAUAUGAGUACACGCUUUAAAAAUUGUGAGCUCCGUACGAUGAUCCUCACCAAUAGAAAUGUUACAGGGUCUGAUCCUCCGGUCACCAAUUAUCCUGGCAAGAUACCAGACGGGCCAGAUAUUCCUAGUGAUGUUAAUGACGAAAAGGAAAAUAACCAUUGUUGAGUAUGAACUUAUCCUUGAUGAUCAUGGAGUUUAUUUAUCCAGCAUUUCGGGAUUGUGAUGGCAUUUGAGUCGUGAAACUUCUAAGAGCAGUGUGAGAUUCAACGUUUGAGAUUUGCAUGACUGAUAACGACGAAAUCUUGUUUGAGAUCACCAUUGUUUUCGCAUACUCGUUUCAAAUAUUCUGCUCUUGUUUUUUGGAAUCAAUCUCUUGUCAUGAAAUUUGGUUAGGAUUUAUGUUUGGCCAUGUGAUUUUACCAAGUUAUAUGGAGUACAAUUUUCUCAUAAUGAUUUUUAUAAAAAAUGUUUUCCACUUGCCUUUACCUGGUGGAGCUGA